GGAAGAAAUUUCAGAGCUGCUGUUCAACACGACAGUUCAGAAGAGAAAUGUCUACAAAUAUUGUUUGAGCAGUGAGUCAGUGAAGGACAAUGGCUUCCGCUAAACCGCACUAUGACACACCAGAUGAGCAGGAAGAAGAAAAGCUGAAACACAAGGAAGUCCAGAUGAGCAGCAGCACUCACUGUGGAGUCGGUGUUGAUGUGAACGCUGAAACAGGAGCAACUGUAAAUGCUCCUUUACUUUCUGGAAACACCUUCACGGGCCCAGUGAACAUCUACAACUCUGCAGGAAACGAGACACAAAAAGCCUCAGAGAGAGAGCCAGAGAAGCACACAGUAGAUCAAGGCUCAACUGCAGAGGACAGUAAAGCUGCUCAUCAUGAUUACACAGCGACCAGCCGCAGAUUGAAGGACAAAUUAAAACAGGAGUGUGAGCGAAUAUUGGUUGGUAAUUCACAGAGGGGUCAUCAGAAAUACCUAAACGAUAUUUACACUGAUCUAUAUGUGGUGGAGAAUGAGACUGGAGGAAUAGUCAGUGAGCACGAGGUGAGACAGAUCGAAUUCAAACGAUUUGAUGCCAAGGACACACCGAUCCAGUGCAAAAAUAUUUUUAAAGUCAAUAAUGGUCGACGAAACAGAAAAGUGCUGACGUUGGGCAUUGCAGGGAUAGGAAAAACAGUGUCCGUCAAUAAAUUAAUCCUUGACUGGGCUGAAGGGAAAGAAAAUCAGGAUAUUGCCUUAAUUUUCCCUCUUCCGUUCCGUCAGCUAAAUUUGAUCAGAAAUAAUUUCAGUCUAAUGGGACUGCUUCACAAAUACUUUUUUGAUGAUCCUAAAGAACUGCCCUCUCUUCCUGAAGGUGAUGGUAAAAUCAUGUUCAUCUUUGAUGGGCUGGAUGAAUGUCGCUUCCCUUUGAGCUUUAUACAGGCUGAAAAAUUUACAGAUGUUCACAAAGAAACAACAGUGAGUAACAUAGUUACAAACCUGAUCAAGAGACAUCUUGUUCCCUCUGCUCUCGUCUGGAUCACAUCCAGACCAGCAGCAGCCAGUCUGAUUCCCCGAAACUACAUUGAUCAGGUGACCGAAGUGCGUGGAUUUAAUGAUGAACAGAAAGAGCAAUACUUUAACAGAAACAGCAGUUCUGAGGUUGCUGGAAACAUCCUCCGUCAUAUAAGGAAAUCCAGGAGCCUGUACAUCAUGUGCCACAUCCCCGUCUUCUGCUGGAUCUCUCUCACUGUUCUUAAGCCUCUACUGGCUCAAGUGAGUAAUGACAAGACACCAGCAACUCUAACAGGGAUGUACACAAACUUCUUACUUACUCAGCAGCAACAGAUGAAAGCAAAAUACAGUUAUGACCCUGAACCUAAAGCCAAUGCCAUGUCUUUUGAUCAGGUUAUUCUGAAGCUUGGGAAACUGGCCUUUGAACAGCUGGAGAAAGGAAAUCUGAUUUUCUACAAAGAAGAUCUUGAGGAAUGUGGACUAAAUGUCAAUGAAGAGAUGAUAUUCUCUGGGUUAUGCACUCAGAUCUUUCAGGAGGAAAAGGCUAUUUCAGCAAGAAACGUUUACAGCUUCAUACAUCUCAGCAUCCAGGAAUUCCUUGCUGCUCUUUAUGUGUUUUUGAUUAGCCAAGAAAAGAAAAUGAACCAGUUUCUUGAAACCUGGAGAGAACAACUUAAUUGGUAUUUCUCCAAAAAGCCACUGUUUAAACUUCAUAAGGCUGCAAUAAACAAGGCUUUACAAAGCAAGAACGGACACCUGGACCUUUUCCUCCGGUUCCUUCUGGGUCUCUCACAGGAGUCCAGUCAGAGUGACCUGAAGGAACUACUGCCAAAACUGGAACUGAAAACAGAGAAUGUUAAAGACACUGUUGACUAUAUCAAACAAACAAUAGAGAAGGAGAAAUCAGUAGAGAGGACCAUCAAUCUCUUCCACUGUCUGAGUGAGCUGAAAGAUGACUUUGUGGAGGAAAUCCAGAAGAAUCUUAGCUCAGGAAAUCUUUCAGCAGAGAAUCUCUCCUCUGCUCAGUGGUCUGGUCUGGUGUUUGUGCUCCUCAUGUCAGAAGAGACACAAGAAACGUUUGAACUGCACAAAUACAGAAGAUCUGAUGAAGCACUGAUAAAACUGCUGCCAGUGAUAAAAAAUACCAGAAGAGCACUGCUACAGUGCUGUAAUCUCACUGCUCAGUCCUGUGAAAGUUUGUCUUUAGUUUUACAAUCAUCAAACUCUCUCCUGAGAGAGCUGGACCUGAGUAACAAUGACCUGCAGGAUUCUGGAGUGAAGCUUCUUUCUGAUGGACUGAAGAAUCCAAACUGUCAGCUGGAGAUAAUGAGAUUGUCUGGCUGUAUGGUGACAGAGGAUGGCUGUGGUCAUGUGUCUUCAGCUCUGAGUUCAAACCCUUCACACCUGAGAGAGCUGGAUCUGAGCUACAAUAAUCCAGGAGAUUUAGGAGUCAAGCUGCUCACUGAUAAACUUAACCAUCCAAACUACAGACUGGAUAAACUCAAUGUGGAUCAUGGAGGAGAGAUCAGGAUUACAGCAGGAGUACGCAAAUAUUACCAUCAGUUCACUCUGGAUCCAAACACAGUGAAUAAACACCUCCGUCUGUCUGAGAGGAACAGAGUGAUUACUAACACUCUUACAGUUCAGUCGUAUCCUGAUCAUCCAGACAGAUUUGAUGUUCCUCAGGUGUUGUGUAGAGAGAGUGUGAGUGAUCGACGCUGUUACUGGGAGAUUGAGUGGAGAGGUGGUGUGGAUCUAUCAGUGUCAUAUAAGAGCAUCAGCAGGAAGGGAUGGGGUAAUGAGUGUGUGUUUGGAUAUAAUGAUCAGUCCUGGUGUUUGAUCUGCUCUUCCUCCAGAUACUCAUUCAGACACAAUAAGAUAGAGACUGAACUCCCUGUAAAGUCCAUCAGGCAUAGAAUAGGAGUGUAUGUGGAUCACAGUGCAGGAACUCUGUCCUUCUACAGCGUCUCUAGAGACACAAUGAGCCUCAUCCACACAGUCCAGACCACAUUCACUCAACCGCUCUAUCCUGGGAUUAGGGUUGUUUAUGGAUCGGUGAAACUGUGUUGAUGAAUCAGAAAAGACUGUAGAGAGAUUCUACCCAUAAUGCUUUGAGCUCAUUUAUGAGGACACAGGCUCAUGAACCUAAUUGUUUAAAAAACAUACUAAACGGAUUGUGUAGGGGGAUAGAAUAUACAGUUUGUACAGUAUAAAAAACAUUACGCCGAUGGAGAGUCCCUGUAAACCACAUAUACUGUACAAGUGUGUGUGUGUGUGUCUGUUCUUUUCUCAGUCUCUACGUAUUCUGAUGUAAAUCAGUUUUUAUUGUCAUAUCAAUCUCUAUUAUUACUGUCAAAAUUACCUUUCAGCUGAAAGUGUUUUUCACAAACAUGAUUCAUGAAGAACAUGUCAUUAUAUUUGUUUCAUUCUCACCCAUGUACUUUAAAUGUUUGUUUUAUUAUUUUAAUGGGGCAUGAUGAAUUAUUCAUGUAUUAUUGUAUAAUACUUUGAUUGUUUUCCAUAGAAGAUUACUUGUGUCAAUAAAUAUCCCUGAACUCCAGAUACUUUUAUCUUUCACUGUGUUUUGAACAUGACAGAGUGUUUAACAUUUCAAUAAUACAUGCUUUGUAGUAAAUGUCAUUUUAUUAUAUUUUGUAAAUUGUAAAGGCUGGUAUCACUGGGAUCACAUGAUCAGACCAACCUUUCAUUUUUCUGGAUCCCAAACGAGUGUGAUAAUGUGUUUAAAUUAAAGUGUUUUUACUAAUUGACCCUUUGCUGUGAGUUUGAUUGACAAGCGAUCUAACCAAUCAUAACGGUGAAUCCGCCGUUUUGU